AUAUACAGAGUGCACAGGGCGCUGAAGUCGAAUUUUAAACAUCUGUGAUUUCGGCGCGUGAAAAAUACGAUUUAAUUGUAAUGAGUUUUCUUCUUCCUGAAUUGAAAACAAAGCAGGAUGUUGAUGAAGCUAUUAAGAAAACCGAAGAUAAAGUUUUAGCAUUGAGAUUUGGAAGAAAAAACGAAUCUAGUUGUUUACGUUUGGAUGAUAUUUUAGCCAAAACAUCUCCUUUAUUAAGCAAGAUGGCUGAUAUUUAUAUAGUUGAAGUUGAAGAUGUUCCUGUAUAUACACAUUAUUUUGAUAUCACUUUAAUACCAGCUACAGUAUUUUUUUUCAAUGGACAGCAUAUUAAAGUUGAUUAUGGGACACAAGAUCAUACAAAAUUUAUAGGAUGUUUUCAAGAAAAACAAGAUUUUAUUGAUUUAAUAGAGGUUAUUUAUAGAGGUGCAAUGCAAGGGAAGUUGAUGAUAAACUCGCCCAUUGAUCGAACAAAAAUACCAAAAUUUGACCUUUUAUAUAAAGAUAUAUGAAAUUUCAAGAUGACGAUGAUGAAAUAUAAAGAUUUAUAUAAUGAUGAUUUACGAUAAUGAGGUUAGUCUUUGUAAUAAUUU